AUGGCCAGUCAGCUGUGCCUCCCCGCUGCCGUCCGGCGCCUCUCGUCCUGGAAACCCCUGAUGGCCCCCCGCCGGGACGUCCAGGCGGGCGUCCGCGUGGCCAUCCAGCGCAGCGACGGGCGCAUUCACCUCGCCGUCGUCACGGAGUUCAAACGUGAGAACACGUGGGUCACGGUAGAGUGGGUGGAAGAAGGAGUCAAAAAGGGCAAGAAGAUUGACCUGGAGACCAUCUUCCUCCUGAAUCCUGCGCUGGCCUCCGCGGAGCAGGCCACGCGGUCCAGGUCGCUGUCCUCCUUGUCUCUGGCGCCCUCUCCGGCCAUCGGGGACCAGCGUGUGGCUGCGCGGUGGUUUGCAAGGAUCCCCCCCCAAAACGAGACGCCCCCCGGGGGGGACAGCCUGGUGGUGAAAGUCCCCGGCACCCCUUGUGUGGUGAAGUGGAAGAAGUCCCCCUGCCUCCGGGGCAUUGAGAAGCUGCAGAAGCAGCGGGAGACCCGGCGGCAGGUGCAGGUGGAGAUCCGGGCCCAGCGCGCCCUGGAUGGGCACACGGGGAACCCCAACUUCGAGAUCGCGCACAUGAUUGAGGAGUACCGCGGCCAGCUGGGCCCCCGCGAGGUGUCCCAGGGCCCGCCGCCACGGGGGGACCGCCGCAUCUGCGUCUGCGUGCGGAAGCGGCCCCUCAGCCCGCAAGAGGCCCUCCUGAAGGACCUGGACAUCAUCACCAUCCCCUCGGACCGCGUGGUGCUGGUGCACGAGGCCAAGCAGAAGGUGGACCUCACCCGCUACCUGGAGAACCAGGCCUUCCGCUUCGACCGCGCCUUCGACGACCAGGCCUCCAACGAGCUGGUGUACCAGUUCGCGGCCCAGCCGCUGGUGGAGUCGAUCUUCGGCGGGGGCAUGGCCACCUGCUUCGCCUACGGGCAGACGGGCAGCGGGAAGACGCACACGAUGGGCGGCUCCUUCUCGGGGAAGGCCCAGGACGGUUCCAAGGGCAUUUACGCCCUGGCAGCAGAGGAUGUCUUCCGCCUGCUGCACGCCGCGGCCUAUGCCAAGCUCGACCUCCACGUCUACGGCACGUUUUUCGAGAUCUACGGGGGCAAGGUGUUCGACUUACUCAACUGCAAGAAGCAGCUGCAGGUGCUGGAGGACGGCAGCCAGCAGGUGCACGUGGUGGGGCUGCAGGAGCGGGAGGUGCGCUGCGUGGAGGACCUGCUGAGCCUGGUGGAGCGCGGGAACGGCUGCAGGACAUCCGGACAGACGUCCGUCAAUGCCCACUCUUCCAGGAGCCACGCCGUGCUCCAGAUCAUCCUCAAGUCCCGGGGCACCCUGCACGGCAAGUUUUCUCUCGUGGACUUAGCCGGGAACGAGAGGGGAGCGGAUACGGCCAAGGCCAACAGGAAGAGGCAGCUGGAAGGGGCGGACAUCAACAAGAGCCUCCUGGCGCUCAAGGAGUGCAUCCGCGCGCUGGGCCAGAGCAAGGCGCACACCCCAUUCCGGGCCAGCAAGCUCACCCAGGUGCUCCGCGACUCCUUCAUCGGGCAGAACUCCUCCACCUGCAUGAUCGCUACCAUCUCUCCGGGGAUGUCCUCCUGCGAGAACACCCUCAACACGUUGAGAUACGCAAACCGCGUGAAAGAGCUGACUCUGGACUUCAGGCCCCCCCAGCGGGCGCUCUCUGCGGUUGACCAAGAGGUGCCAAGGAUGUUGGAAAAUCACGUCAGAAAUUCAGAAAUGUCCCUUCAGAGGUUUGAAUGUAUGAAAACACCCCAGCCUACACAGACUGAGAAGGAGGGAGAGACCAGAGAAAUGGAAACUUCAGCGACUCCGUCAGCGGAGGAAACCAUGACUUCCUGUGAGGAACCCAGCCAGGGGCCAGGGGACACCAUCCAGGAGCCAGCUGGCGGGGUAAACUAUGACGUUCACGUGUGCAUUGUCCAGUUACUGUCCACUUUGGAGCAGAAAAUAGGUAUUCUGACUGAGAUUCAAAAGAAACUGAAAUUAUUACGCUCCGACCUCCAACAGAAGAGAAAGGUAGAGUGA